AUGACUAAAAGCCUGGUCAGAGAGAAGAUAUGGUUCCCAGGAAUAGACAGGCAAGUCGAAGAUAUGAUCAAAGUGUGCGCAGCAUGUGAAGUGACCGUACCAGCCCAAAAAUUUGAGCCAUUGAAUAUGUCCACAUUACCAAGUGAUGGACCAUGGACAGAGCUCAGCAUAGAUUUUAGUGGUCCAUUUCCAAAUGGCUAUUACUUAAUGGUCGUAACAGAUGAUUAUACCAGAUACCCAGUGACAGAAACUAUAACAUCAGCCUCUGCAAAAACAGUAAUUCCCAAGCUGGCCAAUAUUCUGUCAAUGUUUGGGAUUCCAAAGGUAAUCAGAAGUGAUAAUGGCCCACCAUUCCAUAGUGAGGAAUUUAAAGGAUUCUCACAAUAUAUGGGGUUCAGACACAGGAAAAUCACGCCAUUAUGGCCAAGAGCAAUCGGAGAAGCCGAACGUUUCAUGCGCACCUUAAAAAAGGCAAUCGCUACGGCCAUAGAAAAUGGAUUACCGUGGGAACAGGGACUUAGUAGGUUUCUCAUGAACUACAGAGUGACACCACAUACCAGCAAAGGAAAGGCACCGGCUGAAUUACUGUUCGGUAGAUAA